AUGAGAGAAGUCAAAUCAGAUUAUCCUCUAUUAGGAUCAUCACGUGGAAAAAAUGCAUCAUCUCAAGAAAACAAUACUCGUGAAAUAAGUUCUCAUUCAACCUCAUCUGAUCAUCAUGGUUCAGAACCAUCUAAAGGUUCAAUAUCAUCGAAAUUUCCACCAGGACCUGCGCGUCUAAAUAUGUUUGGUUCUCCACGUCAAUUUUAUUUUAUCUCUAUAGUGAGUCUUAAAAUGAUACGCAAUUUAGUGAAUGGUAUAUGGAAAAAAUUUCUCGAAUUGAAUUUAUACAAAAAACAUUCAAGUGAUGAACAUACUCUUGAAAAAGAACUUCUUGCUACUCGUAUUUAUUUGAUUGCAUUAAUUGUAUGUUUAUUUGUUAUUACUAUUACAGUUGCACUUAUCGUUCGACCUGUUGACAAAAUUGAGUACAAACCUUCACAUGAGAAGUUUUCACAAUUAAUUCGUAAGUAUCCAAAUACUCUUCAUUGCCCAUGUUCAAAAUCUUCAACAAACUAUGAGAAAUUCGUCACUACUAACGUUAGUUUUCAUCAAGUUUGUUCAAGUGAAUUUAUUCAACAGACAUGGAUUGAUAAAUUAUUUACAAAUGAAAAUAUUUCAAUGGAAUCUAUCCAUGAUGCUCGUAUUACUCUUAGUUUUUUUUGGCAAACAAUUGCUGGUUUAUGUAUAGCAAGUAACAAAAGUUGGAAUGAUGUUCUGGCAAAUUUUGGUGUCACAAGUUUUAUUACUCCUACAGCAGUUGCUGAACAAGUUAUUCGAGUUCAAGCUGAAAACACUCUUCAAAAUCAAAUAGAUCUGUCGAGAACAAUAUCAGCUCGUAAUUUACUGACUUUUCAACGUAUAGCACGUGGAAAUCAAGUUGUAUCAGCUUUACAAACAAAUUUCUAUUUACGUUAUCCACCAGCAUAUUUAAAUCCAUUGGGAUAUCUGAAAGUGACAGCUCAAACAUUUGGUAAUUGUACUUGUUUAAAUAUUGAAGGUUGUCCACGAUCUGCUACAUUCAAUGAUAGUUAUGGUCAUUUGGUUAAUGUACCAGGAAUGAUAGUAGAUUGUUUAAUUGUUGAUGGUGCACUUGCCUCAACACUUGAAUGUUAUUACAAUCAAUCAUGUAUUUCAAUUUUACAUGGACAAUUAUCAAUGAAUAUUCAACCAUUAUCAAAUACAUCGAAUAAAAAUUUUUCUAUGUAUUCAACAGUACAAUUAAUCUUCAAUAAAUCAAUGAUAGAUGAAACAAUAACUGAAAUUCGAUUUGAUAAAUAUUUUUCGGAAUGUAAUUGUCCUUUUUGCUCAUAUUCAUAUAGAAGACGUUUUGACAUUUUUUUUAUUUUCACGGCUGUUACUGGCUCUAUUGGUAUAUUGCCAUUAAUCAUACGACAUAUUGCAUCUUUUGUUGCAACAAAGAUUUUACGUCGAAAAAAUCGAAUUUUACUAAUGGAAAAUGGGUUAACUGUAACAACUGUGGAACACAGUCGAAAGCAACGUAUACAACUUCGCAUUCGACUUUUAUUAAAUAAAUUAUGGCAAGCAAUAAUAUCUUUAAAUCUUUUUGAAAAACAAACACAUCGUACACCUACUAACAUUUAUCGAGAACAACUCCUAACAAGAUUUUUCAUUUUUUUCAUUGUUAUUUUAUCAAUUGCUGCUGGAGUAUACACCAUUGUUAUAAAGCAAAAUCAAGUGAUAACAAAACUAAAUCCAUCUCUUGAUACUUAUGAACAAUUAUAUAAGGAUUAUCCAACUACAUUAUAUUGUCCUUGUUCAGACAUAUCCAUUCCCAAUAAAGUUUUUCUUAAUGUAACAUUCAUAUUACAUCAAGUCUGUUCAAGUGAUCUGGUUUCAUUAAAAUGGUUACAUUAUCUAAGAUCUUUUGAUCCGAUUCAUCUGCCGCUCGAUAUUGACCCCUUAUAUGCUGAAGAUUUUCGUAAAAUGGGUGCUUCUUAUUUUCAAAUUUUAGCUGCUUUUUGUUCAUUAGCUGAAAAGAACAUUGCAGAUGCACAGCAUGUAUUUAUGAAUACUGAGUUUAUUAAUGAUCGUGUUCCUUCUACAUCACAUUUCACUCAACAAACUGAAGCUAUGAUGACUUCAUUUAUUCGUACAACAAGCUAUGAUUUUGUACAAAUAUUUAAUUGGACGAAACUUAUUUUUCUUCAUAGUCCUCUUUACAAUGGAUUGAAUAGAAAUGUUGAUAUAGAUAAAAUCAAUGAUGGUCAAGUGUUUCCUAAAUAUCAUCUAAAUUUUUUAGCAAGUUCCGUAUUAGACGACUCUCCAAGUUAUGCGGGCACCUGCACUUGUGGAGUAGAACCUGCUACCUGCUAUGCAAUCCCUGCACUUUAUGAAAAUACAUCAUAUCUUGGCACUAUUAAUAGACAUUUAUUAUUCAAAGUAUUAUAUUUUGGUUGUUCACCUUUAAGUGGGUUUCUCAUGUCAAAAACGGCAUGGUGGUACAAUAUCACAUAUAUGAAACAUAUUCAAGCAACUUAUUCCAUGGUUAUUGAUACUCGAAUUCCACCAAAUAUCAAACCUUUUAAUGA